AAAUGAGUGGCAAGCCCUGCGAGCGGCGGACGCAUGCGCAGUCGAUAAAGCACAUUCGGAUCGAACACUAGCUGGCGGAGCAGCCGGAGACGAGGAAACGGCACUUCGAUUGCAAUUCCCAUUCAUAUCCAUUCAGACGGUUUUCAGUUUUCGGUUUUCGGUUUUGGUUUUGGCUUGGUUUCGUUUUCAGUUUGAGUUUCGGCGUUUUUGAAAGCUCUCUGCUGGCAGCGAAAGAAAGAAAGAAAGUGCUGUCUUUCGGUCUUAAAGCCGCCGAUCCUUGGGCAGCUUUCGUUUUCAUUUUCAUUUUCGGUUUCGGUGCGAUCGACUGCGAACCGGUUGGACUUCUGAUCGGUUACCCAGUUACUUAAUCCCAGCGUGCGUCGUUCAUGUAACCAUAAUCCUGGUGACCACCACCAUGCGACGGGAGCGAGUGGUGCUGCUGUGCCUGGCGCUGCUCGGAUUGCAGCAGGUGUCCAGGGCCACUCUGCGUCAGUCGCGCGAAAUCAUCAUCACAGAUGCGGUGCGGCGCAUCCAGAACGACGGCUACAACGUGGAGCGCCACUCGGUGACGACGAAGGACGGAUAUGUGCUCACCCUGCACCGCAUCCCGCAGGUGGAUCCCGAGCUGGGCAGUCUGCUGCGACGCCCUGUCGUCUUCCUGCUCUCCGGACUCUAUGCCUCGUCGGAUGUGUGGCUGCUGAACGGGCGGGAGGACUCCUUAGCCUACCUUCUUUGGCGAGCAGGAUACGAUGUGUGGCUGGGAAACAAUAGAGGCAACAUCUACUGCCGGAAGAACAUGUGGCGGAACACCACAGAGCGGGAGUUCUGGGACUUCAGCUGGCACGAGAUGGGUGUCUACGACUUGCCAGCCCAGGUGGACUACGUGCUUCGGACAACCGGACAGAAGGCGAUGCACUUCGUGGGCAUCUCGCAGGGCGGCACCGUCUUCCUGGUCCUCAAUUCAAUGAUGCCGCAAUAUAAUGCCGUCUUCAAGAGCGCCACCCUGCUGGCCCCGGUGGCCUAUGUGAGCAAUACAAAGAGCGGGCUGGCCAAGGUCAUUGGUCCAGUGCUCGGCACCCGGAACUAUGUCUCUAAGAUGCUCGAGGGCGUCGAGAUGUUCUCCACGAACAAGUUCUUCAAGAAGUUCCUAUCGAUGACGUGUCUGGAGAACGAAAAGCCCCUGGUCUGCAUUAGUCGCCUGUGGCCAGCCGUUGGCUACGACACCCGAUUCCUUAACAAGACGUUAUUGCCCGACCUGAUGGCCAACUUUCCGGCGGGCGGAUCGGUGAAGCAGCUGAUGCACUACUUCCAGGGCUAUGUGUCCACCAGAUUCCGGCAGUAUGACUACGGUCCCGAGCGGAACUGGCUGCACUACCAGCAAUUGGAGCCUCCGGAGUACGCGCUGGAAAACGUGUCCACGCCAGUUACGGUCUUCUUCUCGGAGAACGACUACAUUGUGGCGCCGGCGGACAUCUGGCGAUUGCUCACCCGGUUGCCCAACGUGGAAGCCGUGUACAAGGUUCCUUGGAAGCGAUGGAACCACUUUGACUUCAUUUGCGGAUUGGGGGUCAGGGAGUACAUCUUCGACAACAUUGUGCUCUCCAUGAACCGCUACGAGCAGCGGCGACGCUGAUGAAAGCCAGGAUGUCGUAGGAUGCCGGUGGAUCACAGCCAGAACUAUCACUAGUGCCAAAAACAAAUUGUAGAAUUACGAAACGGAGUCCGCGUUGAAUCAGCUAGAUCAACCAUGGAUAUAUGUACUGAUUAAUAAAUAAAUAAUUUAUAGUUUAGACCAAAUAAAAA